GAAGCCUUAAAUUUAAUGAACCAAAACAUGGACAUUUUGGAGCAAGCAGUUAAAUCAGCAGCAAAGCAGGGUGCACAUAUCAUUGUGACUCCAGAAUAUGGUAUUUCUGGAUUAGUUUCUGAUAGACUAAGGACUUUUUCCUUUCUGGAGGAUAUUCCACACCCACAAGUGAACUGGACCCCUUGUAUAGACCACAACAGAUUUGGCAGCACACCAGUGCAAGAAAGACUCAGCUGCAUGGCCAGGAAUAACUCCAUCUACGUGGUAGCAAAUAUAGCGGACAGAAAGGCAUGUGAUCCCACAGUGUCCAAGUGUCCCUCUAAUGGCUAUUUCCAGUACAACACUAAUGUGGUAUACGAUUCAGAGGGGAAAUUGGUGGCUCGUUACUAUAAGAAAUAUAUGUUAAAGAAUGAAGCCCAGUUUGAUACCAUACUGGAGACUGAGUUGGUGACUUUUGAUACAACAUUUGGAAAGUUUGGCCUUUUAACGGGCUUUGACAUACUUUUUCAUGACCCUGCGGUAAUUCUGGUGGAAAAGUUGAAAGUGGAUACAAUUGUGUUACCAGUAGCUUGGAUGAACAAUUUGCCAUAUUUAUAUCCUACUGCAUUCCAUGCAGGCUGGGCUAUGGGAAUGAGAGUUAAUUUGCUCGUAGCCAAUAUCCAUAACACUGUCAAUCAAAUGACAGGGAGUGGUAUCUAUGCACCUGAUGCUCCCAAGGUGUGUUAUAUUGAUUUGAAUUCAGAGAAUGGGACACUGCUCCUUUCACAGUUGGACUCACAUCCCAAUCUCUCACCACCAGUGAAUUGGAGCUCUUAUGCUAACAGCAUAAAACCUUUCUCAGCAGAGCAAGAGGAGUUUAAAGCCUCAAUACUAUUUGAUAAGUUCACCUUCAAAGAACUCAUUAAUGAUACAGGAAAUUACACUGUUUGUCAGAACACACUGUGUUGUUACUUGAGCUACAAAAUGUCUGAGAAGAGAGCAGAUGAAGUUUAUGUUUUGGGGGCUUUUGAUGGACUUCAUGAUGUUGAAGGGGAAUUUUACGCGCAGGUUUGUACACUGUUGAAGUGCUUAACAACUAUGUUAGAAACUUGUGGGCAGCCUGUUGAGAAUGCUUCUACCUUGUUCGACAUGUUCUCUCUCAGCGGCACGUUUGACUCUCAGCAUGUUUUUCCGGAGAUGUUGCUGAGUGGGCUUCAGCUCGUACCUGGAGAAUUUGAGGUUUUAAAUGAUGGACGCAUGGUAAAUGAGAAUGGUACAUCUGGACCUGUCAUAAUGGUGACUCUAUUUGGGAGGCAGUAUGAGAAGAGUAAACCAACAAAUGCUUCAGUUGAUCUGGGAUCUGCAUUAUUGAUGAGGAUAAUAACUAUGGUUUUUGUUCUGUACUCAGCAAUUUGGUAG